AUGAUUUUGAAGAUGAUCUCGUCCCUUGCUUGGUCAGCCGGGACCGUCCUCAAUGGUUCCGAGUUCUCCGAGAGGGCUGAUGAGCUAAGCGAGCUCUUCAUAGUGGUGUCCGGGAAGGAGGGAAUGUACUAUAUUUUGCCCGGAAACCAUGGUGUCGAAAAUCAGCAGUGUAACCCGCUUGUGGCCUUCGACAUUGUGUUCGGAGAGAAGCCAAAUGCUAACGGGUUGAAGAUGAGCUUAGAGAAAUGGCCUCUGGUGAAGGCUUACGGUUAUGAGGGCUUCGCGACGCCAGGGUUCCUAACUCUCUCUCGUAACGUUACCGACAUCAGCGAGUUGCUCCGGCGUGAGGUCUUGUCCAAUUGGACGCCUGCCGCUGCUUCUCGUGCUGCCCAGGGCCAUCCAAUGAAGGAGUUGGAGACUGCGUGGAACCAAAGUAUUGCUGCUGUGACCAGAAUGGAUGGCCGCGGCAGCGUCGUUCUUGAAGAGCUUGGGAAACCUUUGAUCGAACUUUAUGACUACGGUCAAACGGGAGAUGAUGAGAUUGGUUCGGCCAGGGCAAGGCGGCUGGUUCCGGGUUCUUGGGUGGGCACCGAAACGCUUGCUCUGAGAGAGGGUUUUGGGGGGGUUGGGGAUUACAAGGAGGGAAGGGGAGGCUACAUGGUAUGGAAAGGAGUUCAUCCAGAAACUCGUAUCGCUUGCGCACGGACAUACCUCUUGCCGUCCCACGAUACGUCUGAUGACGACAUGGAAGAGAUUGAGUCCAUGACAAUGGAAGCUAUUCGACUAGUCCGAGAUGCUGCCGGGGCUAUCGGUAACGGCGAAGGCAGCGCUGCCGGGGUGAAGGUUGAUUGGAUUGAUGCAUUCGGAUCAACUUCGGAGAGGAGGCCGGAAGGAGCUGAGAUUACUUGCGCUUUUAUAUCGUUCCGAGAUGGGGGAGAGGACGUGAUCGCGGUCACCACUGACAGGAUGCCGCAAUUGACGCCUCUAUCUUGGAGCUGUUCGAGGUCGCAGAUUAGGGAGAAGUGUGCAGUGGAGGACGAUGCUGCAAGGUUCCUAUCGGAGCACCGAGGGGUCCGUAUGGGUCGCCUCUUGCUCAACAUGGCAGGGAAGACUAUGAACAAUAAAGAGACCUCCAGCGACGAGUCGAGGGCGACGAAGAGUCUUGGAGAACUCGAAUUUGCACCUCCUGACGUCACAAGUCGUUCGAGGAUCGGAUUAUGGAAAUGCCACGCCUCGAAGAGAUCCCUCCUGGCUCGUGUUGGGAUCACGUAUGGGAAGAUGAACAUAUACAGUAACGGGUUCGCAUUGUGUGGUGACGGCUCCAGAGUGCUCUUGGUGAAAAUUGACAACGAAUCGUCCCUGUGUCUAAUCGAUGGCAUUGGAACUGGCGGGCCGUGGCUGACCAUGUCUAUGGAGGGCCAGUAUCUCCUCGUGUUUGAGCUUGUCCGUCCUUCUCUGCAAUCCACAGACGAGCCCGACGACUACCUGUCAUCACCAUCACGAGUACUGCAGUUGUUGCGAGAGCGUGGUAUCAGUAUUGGAGUAAAGGAUAUCGGCGAUCUGCCUAUCGAGGUGGCGAGAUUUUUAAGAAGUGGGAAGAGCGGAGAGCAGCCUUUAGUAGAGGCUAAUCUAUGCAGGCGGUUCACGCUGCCCCCGUGCGCUGAGCUCUCGUCCCCUCGAGGAGUUGUGUUUGUUGCUGGCCUACCAGGGUCGGAAGGCUCCACCCAGCGCCUUGCCAAAAGUUUGGCUGGCUACCUCGGGGCUAGCUGCCUGCAUUUACCAUACCACAUAGCCGUCACCGAAUGGCAGGAGGGGACGAUCAGACACCCACUGGUUGCCCGCCUAAUUCGUCUGUGCUCGGCGGUCGUCGUACCCGAUCGGAACACUGCGAACAAGUUUGAGCGUUUGAUUCACUAUGAUCUGAGUAAAAUAUGCGGCAAAGUACAUCUCCUCCCGAUCGGGCCCGAUAGACCUCGGGACGUUGCUGACGUGCUGAAGGAGUCCCCAACGAUGGAGUGCCUGUACUUGCCUAUGGAAAGGGCUGAACUGUCUUAUCCUAGGCCGCAGUCGACAUUGGAGAUCGAACUAGAGGUUGGAUUACGUCAGCUGUGCCAGAGUCUUGGCCUUGGUCGUUUUGGUCGCUACCUUGACCCUGAAUAUAGGUGGCCACUGCCUGAGGGGACUAUACUGUUGUCGGUGGUGGUCAGAGGUGUUCUUUGUGAUGACGAUAAUGUGCCUGCUGAUGCGCUUCUGGAUAUGGUCAGAGCUGGAGCAUGGACGCGAUGGAGUUACCCGAUCGCUGAGAGUCUCCUCGAGGAGGAAGGGGGUCAUGGGCCCACCAUGAGGGGAAGGUUUCUCGCUCCGCAUGGUUCGACAGCUCGGGCAUCUGAUAUUGGGAAAGCGUUUAUGGCGUUGGUAGUUCGAGAGUGUUUGCCGAGUAUACUGCCUCGUGAGGCGCAUCUCACAGAUUCGGUGGUUCCUGCCGAUGUUCGGGAAGCAAUACUGGAGGCUACUGUGGGGAAGGAGCUCCCCAAUGGAUGGUUCUAUGACGGCACGUUCUACCUGGACAUGAACUCUGGGAGGAGGAGCAAGUUGCAUCCAGAGAUGUCAGCGCGGUUGGCAUCAUACGUGGCUGCGAGGCAAACUGAGGUCGACGCACACAAUGUGGCAGUGAUAACGUUGAGAAGAGCUGCUAUCGUGAAUUGA